ACAAGCAUUUAGUCGUGUUGCCAGGUUGUUUGACCACCACACGGCUUCUCUUUUUUUAUCGAACAAAUUGAUGCAUACAGAGGAGGACAUCCAAACAAUGGAGCCACAGGCGAAGCGCUGGAAAGGGUCGGUGUGUGACACCGACUCCUGGGAUGCUUUUCCCGUACUCUCCGACUCUCAGUCGCAAGACAUCGAGCUGAUAGAAGCUUUUGCUGCACCCAUUACCAACAAGAAAGAGACGUCAAGAAUUAUCGGGGAGCUGAAUCGCCUCUACCCGUUGAUUGGCCUUCAGCAUCUCAAGAGGGUACGUGCUUGCAGAGACAAGGGCAGCCAGAACCCUCUGGAAGUCCUCCUGUGUUUGAUCAGUGAAGCUCCAGAUGUGAAGGCAGUCAGCAGAGACUCUCUGCUACCCUCAAGUGGAGCUAAAUGGGAUGGGUUGGGCGAGCCUUUCCUGGUCAGGAUUCCUGCUCGUGCGCCCUUGACCCGACCUCAGUUUGAACUGGCGAGCCAAUAUUGGCCCACGUCGUUUCACGAAGACAAACAUGUGACUGUGGCCUUGAGAGGGGAGCUCUUCAGCACCAAAGAAAAAGCCAAAAUGCACACAUACAUGACAGCUGCCCUGACUGCUGCACAGUCCGCUAAAGAGCUGGGGAUGGAGGCCGUUGGGGCGGUCGUCGUUGACCCUGAAGAGGACGGGAUCAUAGCAGUUGGCCACGACUGCAGGCGGGACCACCCCUUACACCAUGCUGUCAUGGUCUGCAUCGACCUCGUGGCUCGGAGCCAGGGCGGCGGAAAAUACUGCUAUGACCGUUACACUGCAUGCCAGUUCAGUUUGCCAAACGCCGCUAAAAAGCAAGAAAUGUCAGAUCAGUCAGAGGGAGGAGCUAAGCCUUACAUAUGUACAGGCUAUGACCUUUAUGUCACCAGGGAACCUUGUGUCAUGUGCGCCAUGGCGCUGGUGCACUCCCGCAUCGGUCGAGUUUUCUACGGGACCGCCUCAGCCGACGGCGCACUCGGAACCCAAUUUAAAAUCCACACGCAGAGAGAUUUGAACCAUCGCUUCGAAGUCUACAAGGGGAUCUUGAGUAAACAAUGUGAGGAUCUUAAUGAUCAAAAUCUUGAAGAAAAGCAAGUUUGAUGUGAAAAAUUAAGCUUUUGUUUGCUUUAAAAUGUUUUUUUACAAGCCUUCUUUAGGUAACAAAAUAAAUACAAUCUUUAUUGGCAGUUUUUAGUUUUUAUACCAGCUGUUUUCUUUA